AUGGCUCUUCCAAGACGAGAUGUCGAAUUCCAGGCCUUCGAUGGUACUACGCUUCGUGGAUGGCAUUAUCCCACAAGUGAAAAGCGUCCCUGUAUCAUAAUGUCGCAUGGACUCGCUGGAAUCCGUCACUUCCGUCUCCCCAACUUCGCCCAGCGUUUCCAAGAAGCAGGUCUAAACGUCCUCCUCUACGACAACCGCGGCUGGGGCGACAGCGACGGCCUCCCCAAGAAUGAAUCCAAUCCCGCGUACCAACACUCCGAUUACUUCGACGCCUUCAACUACGCCACAACCCUCCCAUCCGUCGACUCCGACCAAAUCGUCUACUGGGGCUCCUCCUUCUCCGGCGCAACCACAAUCCUCGCAGCAGCAAGCGAUAAACGUAUCAAAGCCGCAAUCGUCCAAUGCUCAGGAAUCGCCGGCCACUAUUUCCCCAAAUCUUUCAAAGACCUGCUCCCAGGAGUCCUAAACAAUCGAGCAAAAAACACCCCCUCCAACCAAUCCCGCAUCCCCGUCGUAGCAGCAGACCGCGAAUCCGCAAAAACAGGCACAGCCCCCGCCCUCUUCAACUCCCUCGACGCCUACGACAACUACACCGAAAUUUACUCCACGGGCGGAAAAUGGGAAAACUGGGUAACAGAACAAACUCUGCUUCAUAUGUGGGAACUCGAUGCCGAAGCUAUGAUGCAUCGAAUUUCCCCAACACCAUUUCUUAUGGUCAUACCAAGUAAUGAUACACUCGUCACGACGGAUUCGCAACUUACGGCAUAUGGAAAAGCGAAAGAACCGAAACAAAUGGUUUGGAUUGAAGGAGCGGGGCAUUUUGAUAUUUAUAAGGGAGAGUUCUUUGAGAGGAAUAUUAAGGCGCAGAUUGAGUUUUUGAGGAAGAAUUUGAGUUGGAAGGGGGAGAGUAAGAUAUAG